UCCGUCUGGAAAAUCUUGUGGAAAAACAAAACCCGGGACGAAUAUUACUAAUAUUCCUCUAUUCAUAACCAACGCCUUUUUAUUCUACACGUGUGUUGGAGCUUCGUGGAGGUAGGCAGGCUCUCCUGACCGGCGUAUAUAAACUUACCGGCACACUAUGGAGCUCUUUGGGAUGUUUUCGGGCGGUUUGUCCCACCAGGAAGCCGAACAACAGCCGCUUUAUGCGACCAGCAGCUAGCGUCCACUCCGAACCUGUACUCCGAUUUUACCUCCAACAAGCGGGCGUUUGUGUUUCAUCUCGUGUUCGUGGACUCUCGUGUUAGUUAGCUAUGUUAUUUAUGCGUAGUUACGUAGCUACGUGCCUUAACUGACUGGUAUUAUGGCAGGAACCAGGUGUUGAGUGUUUCUAUUCCGAAUUUAACCGAGUUUUAAUCGAAAAUGAAGUCGACCCUUGCUCCAGGAAUCCGCCUUAUCACGUCUUUUUCUCGGGAUAGUUGGUAUCGUGGUUUCAUUCUUCUUCUCACCUUCCUCUUCUACACGGCCUACCAUCUGUCACGGAAACCCAUCAGCAUCGUUAAGAGCGAGCUGCACAGAAACUGCUCCACGGUCAUCCGACCUGCAGACCUCAACAUAACCAACAAUGUUACCUGGUGUGACUGGCCGCCCUUUGACCAGGACAACUAUCAGACGCUGUUCGGGGUGCUGGAUAACUCCUUCCUGGUCGCGUAUGCCAUCGGCAUGUUUUUCAGUGGGAUAUUUGGGGAGCGUCUGCCUCUGCGGUACUACCUGAGUUUUGGGAUGCUGAUGAGUGGAUUGUUCACGUGUCUGUUUGGCCUCGGCUUCUACUGGAACAUCCAUUCAUUAGGGUACUACGCCUUCAUCCAGGUCAUGAACGGGUUGAUGCAGACCACCGGCUGGCCUGCAGUGGUGGCUUGUGUCGGCAACUGGUUUGGAAAGGGGAAACGUGGGUUCAUCAUGGGAGUCUGGAACUCCCACACUUCAGUGGGAAACAUCUUGGGCUCCCUCAUCGCCGGAGUCUUCGUCUCCUCGGCCUGGGGGAUGUCCUUCAUCGUCCCCGGACUCAUCAUCGCCUCCACCGGGAUCCUGUGCUUCUUCUUCCUGGUUGAGAAACCUGAAGACGUGAACUGCUCUCCUCCUCAGCAUCAUAACGAUCAGGAGAACGGCGAGACGGAGCCUCUCCUGCACAGCUCGUCCAACGCCGACCGAACUAUCAACGGUGCCAUUUCCACGGAGCCUCAGGAGAUCGUUGAGGAGCACACCGAGGCCAUCAGCUUCUGUGCAGCUCUCAGUAUACCUGGGGUGGUGGAGUUCUCUCUCUGCCUGCUGUUUGCCAAACUGGUCAGCUACACUUUCCUCUACUGGCUUCCUCUCUACAUCUCAAACGUUGCACACUUUGAUCCAAAACAAGCAGGAGACAUGUCGACGUUGUUUGAUGUCGGAGGAAUCUUGGGAGGCGUCAUGGCUGGACUUGUGUCUGACUACACCGGUGGAAGAGCGACGACCUGCUGCGUCAUGCUGGUCGCUGCCGCCCCGAUGCUUUUCCUCUAUAACAGCAUUGGACAAAGGAGUCUCGGUACUACGAUCGGUAUGCUGUUGGUGUGUGGAGGCCUGGUGAAUGGACCGUAUGCGCUCAUCACGACGGCUGUAUCUGCUGACCUGGGAACACAUGAGAGUCUGAGAGGAAACUCCAGAGCGCUGUCAACAGUCACAGCAAUCAUUGAUGGGACUGGAUCAAUAGGUGCUGCGUUGGGUCCUCUGCUGGCCGGGUUGAUUUCUCCCACCGGCUGGAACAACGUCUUUUACAUGCUGAUCACUGCAGACAUCUUAGCCUGCCUGUUUCUGUCCAGGCUUGUGUACAAGGAAGCUCUGGGAUGGUGUGGACGAGUCCCCCGAGUCAGAGGGUUCAAGGAAAUCUGAAAAACUCUCACAAUCAAACCAAACACACCCAGAGGAGGGAAAAAUGUUGGAACUGACCUCACUGUUCAGCGGACGGAUGGUUGAAAGGAAACCAAGUCAUCAGUGGAACAUUCAGGGCACUAAGCUGAAGAUUGAAGAGUUUUCAUUGUAAACCAGAGAUUUAUGUCUGUACGAAGACGGAAAAGCUUUUUUAUGACUAACCUACUCAUUCUGACUGGUUUGUUUUAAUGCUCUUUUAUCAUUAAACUGUAUAUACUGUA